AAAAGAAGGGGGGAGGUGGGUGUCCAUGGAAUAUUGGGUUGGCAAAAUUCAAAAUAGAAAGAUUAAUAUAUAAAAUAUUAUUUUUUAAAAAUAAAAUAUAAAAAAUAAUAAUAUUUAAUAUUAUAAAUAUUUUUUAUAAUAAAAUAUUAUAAGAAGCACCGUAAUAAAACCUAAAGGAGAAGGGUUAACAUAUAAAAUAAAAGAAAGGGAGAUCGGAAAGGGGAGGAGGACGAUAUUUAUAUAUAGGAGCGGAGAGGGCGUUAUAUCUUGCAACCGCGAAGCAGAGGCGGAGGCGAGAGAGAGGAAGAGGAGAGUAGAAUAAUGGAGUUGCCCGCUCGCUUCCGCUUCGUGGCGCUUUGCUUGCUACUGCUCUCAGGGCAAGUUCUCCAAACCCUUUGCCACAAGGUUGGAAUCAACUAUGGGCAAGUUGCCAACAAUCUACCCUCUCCCACGCAAGUCGCUGGCCUCCUCCAAUCUAUCAGUAUCUCCAGGGUGAAGCUUUAUGAUGCUGACCCCAGGGUUUUGAGUGCUUUCGCCAAUUCAAACAUUGAGUUUAUAAUUGCAAUUGACAAUGGGAAUAUAUUGAACAUGACAGACUCUACGAAGGCCCAGGCCUGGAUAAAGCAGAACGUCCAGCCUUACCUCCCACAAACUAAAAUCACCUGUAUCACUGUCGGAAAUGAGGUUUUCUCUAGCAAUGAUACUGCAUCAAUGUCAAACCUCCUCCCAGCAAUGCAGUCAGUAUAUGAAGCCCUUGUGACCCUUGGAUUGGACAAGCAAGUUAUUGUUUCCACCGCACAUUCAACAGCUAUACUAGGAAAUUCCUACCCUCCUUCCGCUGGUUCAUUUCGUGAGGAUCUUGUUCAGUACAUUCAACCGCUCCUAAACUUCCAUUCUCAGAUCAAGUCUCCCUUCCUCAUAAAUGCAUAUCCUUUCUUUGCCUACAAAGCAAACCCAAAUGGUAUUUCAUUGGAGUAUGUUCUCUUCCAGCCUAAUUCAGGAGUCACUGAUUCAAAUACAAACUUGCACUAUGAUAACAUGCUCUAUGCACAGAUUGACUCGGUCUAUUCUGCGAUGAAAGCAAUGGGGCACACAGAUAUUGAUGUCAGAAUAUCUGAGACUGGGUGGCCAUCAAAAGGAGAUUCUGAUGAGCCAGGAGCAAGCAUAGAGAAUGCUGCGACAUAUAAUGGUAACCUAUUGAAGAGGAUUGCAAUGAAUCAAAGCACGCCACUGAAGCCUUCGGUGCCCAUUGACGUCUAUGUCUUUGCUUUAUUUAAUGAGGACCAGAAGCCAGGUCCUACGUCUGAGAGGAACUAUGGGCUUUUCUAUCCUGAUGGUACUCCUGUUUAUAAUAUUGGUUUGCAGCGAUACCUUUUAUCUUCAAUGUCAUUAUCAUCAUCUUCCAAGCCGAUGGUAAGCAACGAGGUGGCGUAUGGGUUCGGAAUUCUUCUCGUAGUCAUAGCAAUGUUCAUCUAAGAUGGUAGAUAUUGUAGUACUCCAGAUUGACUUCACACCAAAAAAAAUCAGUGAUAAGAUAUUAUUUGUUACUGCUGAGUGAUUCAAUCUCUUUUGUCAAAGCUGAGUUUGAGAUUAAGGCUCAAAAUCUUGCUAGAGAUUCAACGUAGAUUCAACGUUCUCCAUGGGUAGAUCACAUCAGCGGUCCUGCGAGUGAAGAGGGAUGGAUGGCGCUGGCAACAAGGAAACUGAUUGCAGGAACAGAUUCAAAUAAGUUAUUGAAGGAAAAUUUGUAUUCAUAACAGACAUGAGGAAUAGUCACAUUCUCGAAUUCAAUUCAUUACAGAACAGAAUCAUUGAUAAAGUACCCGUAUUAGGAACUCUGUUUGGGUUGUCAUCACAUUCUUUUUGAGAAAUUUUAAUGAUCAGGAUAUUACAGAGACCAGGAUUUUGUAGCAUGUAGAAUGAAGUCUGAAUAAUUAGUUUGUUAACUUC